AAGGUAACUCGCCCUGCCUGCCUAUCAGCGGAUAACAUCGUUACCAGACAAAAACUGUUUGGUCUUAGCUCCAACGAAAGGGCGCCACAGAACCUCCAUGGCCCUCACCGCCCAUCUCUCCUUCCCUCUUCUACUUCCAUGUUAUCGUCACCACGCCCACCUCAACCCCAACCCCAACCCCAACCCAACUCUCUCCUUCGGAAGAAGUAGAAUCAGGGCUGUUGGGAGCGGUGACAUGCUGGGUGACUUUGGGGCGAGGGACCCCUUCCCAGCAGAGGUUGAGAGUCGUUUUGCAGAGAAGGUACUGGGCAACGCAGGCACCGACCACAAGAUCCUUAUCCCCAAUCUCUCCGCUCUCUCUCUUUCCCAGCAGCAGUGCAUCCCUCUUUCUCCUUUCCAAGUCCCCUUCACCGCUGAUGAGGCUCAGAAGCUCUUGAAAAAGGUGGUUGGCUGGAGACUACUAGAUGAAGAAGGUGGGCUUAAACUACAAUGCUUGUGGAAGUUGAGAGAUUUCAAAUGCGGGGUUGAACUCAUCAAUAGGAUUUAUGAGGUUGCAGAAGCUGCAGGGCAUUAUCCAAAUCUCCACUUGGAACAACCCAAUCAAGUUAGAGCUGAACUUUGGACAGCUUCCAUUGGGGGAUUGAGUAUGAAUGAUUUCAUUGUAGCAGCCAAAAUAGAUGAGAUAAAAACUUCGGAUCUUGUCCCCAAAAAAAGAAUUUGGGCCUAGUUGAAGUGCUAUGUUGCUUGCCUGAAGAACCCCCAAAAACUAUCUUGCCAUUAGGGUUUUCCAAUGCCGUAAUGUCAUUCUUUAUGAGAAAACGUGUAUAAUUAUCGUUGGUUUA